AAGAAAAAAGAUCUGGUCAGAAUAAGCGGCAGCUUUAGGAAAACGGCAAAGUCAUUUCGUGUUUUCUGACAUUUCUUGUUAAUAUAAAAGCGCUCAAAUCAUGACAGCUAGGUACGAUAGGGCGAUAACAGUAUUUUCGCCCGAUGGACAUUUACUUCAAGUAGAAUACGCUCAGGAAGCUGUUAAAAAGGGAUCAACAGCGGUUGGAGUACGGGGAAAUGAUGUUGUUGUCUUGGGCGUAGAAAAGAAAUCUGUUGCUAAAUUGCAGGAAGAACGUACUGUCCGUAAAAUAUGUCUUUUGGAUGAUCAUGUUGUCAUGGCAUUUGCAGGAUUAACUGCAGAUGCUAGAGUAUUAAUAAAUCGUGCACAAAUAGAAUGUCAAAGUCAUAAAUUAACUGUUGAAGAUCCUGUUACUUUAGAAUACAUUACUAGGUAUAUUGCAGGUUUAAAACAGAAGUAUACACAAAGUAAUGGUAGAAGACCUUUUGGUAUAUCAUGUCUUUUAGCUGGUUUUGAUUAUGAUGGUGUACCGCAUUUAUAUCAAACAGAACCAUCUGGUAUAUAUUAUGAGUGGAAGGCAAAUGCAACAGGCAGAAGUGCAAAAACAGUACAUGAAUUUCUAGAAAAAUAUUAUACACCUGAAGAAGUAGCAACAGAAAAAGGAUCCAUCAAAUUAGCUAUAAGAGCUUUAUUGGAAGUAGUACAAUCUGGGCAAAAGAAUUUAGAAAUAGCAGUCAUGCGACGUGGACAACCUAUGCAGAUGUUAGACAGUGACACUAUAGGAGAAUAUGUAACAGAGAUUGAGAAAGAAAAGGAGGCAGAGGCUGAAAAGAAGAAACAAAAAAAGUGAUGUACUUGUGUCCAAAUACAGUACUAUUAUAUUAUUAUAAAUGUUUCUCAUAAAAUAAAUAUUUUGCAAAUAGGUGAAAAACAGACGAAAUACAA